ACUUUGAUAAUACUUAUCCACAUUUUCCACACAUACGCCGACACACUUGGUUGUUGUUUUUAUAAACACACUUGUUAAAGCAUAUAGGAAAAAUUUGUCCGAAAAAUAUGUUUGAAAACAUAAGUUUUCUAUUCUUAUGUGCCCUGGCUUUUCUCGCCUGGGCCCUACUCUGCUUCCUACACAUGGUCGAGGUCCAGAGGCGGAGCACCUCCGAUUACCGAGUGGAGCUGUACACAGAACGCCCCGCCAUUACCUUUGCGCCACACCAGGUAGCCCCCGAUUGUGCCCUGAUGCCCAGUGGCACCUACGAGUUUGCAAAGAGUUUCGGGGUGAUCUUUGCCUUGACUUUCGGCCUGUCCAAAGUGCUACAGCUGGCCGAGGGGCAUGCCAAGAGAUUUAUUAAAACUCGCGAGGCUCUGGGUCCGGUGCUUGUUGCGAGAUCCAUACCUUUCGAUGAGAAACAGAGUUCACGGCCCAAGACAGCGAUUGAGAGAUCUCCAGAUAUUUCUCCGGUGGAUGAGAACGCCGAAUUAAAGCAGCAGCUGCAAGCCCUGCAGGCCCACUGUCUUGAGAUGCGAGAGCUGCUCCAGGAGCUGCGGGUCAGCAGUAGUUCCAGCAGCCAUAAGAUUCCCACCGCAGCAACCAACGAUGAUGAACCAUUAGAUGCUUUAGUUUCCGAGGAAUCUGACAUCCUGUUGUGGAGGCGGACGGACUCCUUUGCGGAGACCAUUUCAAGAUCCUCGCAGCCUCUCUUUGAGGACUCGGAGCCAAGAGUACCGAAAACCUCGCAAUGCCACCCAGGCCAGAAUAUCUAUAUCACCAACAGCCAGAUCCACAUCAACGGCGGUGUCUUCUGCACUAGUAAUCCCGUCAAUGUCGAUCUUUGUCGACAGGCUUCAAAAUAUAAUUGUAAGCCGAGCGAAUUUCUCCAGGUUUUUGACCACUUUAUCAAAGGACCCAAGGAACGUCCAAUGAUAGCUACUACUAUUCGCUGCAACAACUACCUCUUGUAAAGAAUUUAACAAAAUCCAGAAAAGUAUUUGUGUAACUGUAAACAAGAAAUAAAAGUAAUAUCUAUAUUAUAUAA